GAAAUGGUCCGGCAAUGUCUCGCGAGAUGUGCAGCUGUGUUGUUGCAAGAGAAAGAUGGACGGCGGAGUAGGCGGCGGACUCCCAGUCAACAAUAAACAGAGAUCAAUGUUAUCCAACAACAGAGGCAGGGGCGAGUUCAUCCGGAACCAGAGGAAGGAUUCCGAGGGUUUCUCAGAGUCCCCGGAUCUGGAGUUUGAAUACGCAGACACUGAUAAAUGCAUGGCUGAGCUCUCAGAGCUCUACAGUUACACAGAGGGACCGGAGUUUCAUCUCAAUAGGAAAUGUUUCGAAGAGGAUUUCAGGACUCACGUGGCAGAGCAGAAAUGGACAGAGCUGGACGCAGCACAGCACCGGGCUCACGCCAUGAGACUCCUGGACGGGCUGGAGGUGACCGCCAGGGAGAGGCGGCUCAAGGUGGCGCGAGCCAUUCUCUACUUGACUCAGGGCUCAUUCGGGGAGUGUGGCUCGGAGGCUGAGGUCCAGCACUGGAUGAGAUACAACAUCUUCCUGCUGCUGGAGGUGGGCACCUUCACUGCGAUGGUGGAGCUGCUCAACAUGGAGAUCGAUAACAGCGCGGCCUGCAGCAGUGCAGUGAGGAAGCCAGCGAUCUCCCUGGCGGACAGCACUGACCUCAGGGUCCUGCUGAAUAUCAUGUACCUGAUGGUGGAGACGAUCCAGCGCGAGGACGAGGCAGACCGGCCUGAGUGGAGGGCAUCGAGGGAGACCUUCAGAUCAGAGCUGGGCUCCCCUCUCUACAACAAUGAGCCCAUCUCUGUCAUGCUGUUCGGGAUGGUGACGAAGUUCUGCAGCGGCCACGCCCCCCACUUCCCCAUGAAGAAGGUCCUCCUGCUGCUCUGGAAGAGUGUUGUGUUCACGCUGGGGGGGUUCGAGCAGCUGCAGACCAUCAAGAUCAGGAGGCGGGAGGGGCUGGGGCUGCCCCCCCUGCCCGAGGACAGCAUCAGAGUGAUCCGAAACAUGAGGGCGGCCUCGCCCCCAGCCUCCGCCUCCGACCUCAUCGAGCAGCAGCAGAAACGAGCGCGUCGUGAGCACAAGGGCCUGAUCAAGCAGGAUAACCUGGACGCCUUCAACGAGAAGGACCCCUACAAGGCAGACGACUCCCGGGAGGAUGACGAGGACGGCGAGGAGAACGACAACGCCCUGGAGGCUGAGACCUUUCCCCUGGAGCGGGACGAGGUGAUGCCCCCGCCCAUCCCUCACGCCCCCUCCGAGAGGAUCUCCUUCCCCAAGGGGCUGCCCUGGGCGCCCAAAGUCAGGGAGAAAGACAUUGAAAAUUUCCUGGAAUCUAGUCGGAGUAAAUUCAUUGGCUACACUUUGGGAAAUGACACGGACACAGUGGUAGGGUUGCCCAGACCGAUUCAUGAAAGCAUCCACACUCUCAAGCAGCACAAGUACGUCUCGAUUGGGGAGAUUCAGAUCAGCAGAGAGGAGGAGUAUCAGAAGACUCCCUUGUCUGGGGGUGAAGAGGAGGUAGAGAUGAGCCCCACAGAGCUGCUGUACCAGGGCAUGCUGCCCAGUCUGCCGCAGUACAUGAUCGCCUUGUUAAAAAUCCUGCUGGCAGCCGCUCCCACCUCGAAAGCCAAAACGGAUUCCAUCAACAUCCUGGCCGACGUCUUACCAGAGGAAAUGCCUACAACAGUGCUCCAGAGCAUGAAGCUGGGUGUGGAUGUGAACAGGCACAAGGAGAUCAUUGUGAAAGCGAUAUCCACCAUCCUGCUGCUGCUGCUCAAGCACUUCAAACUGAACCACGUCUACCAGUUUGAGUACAUGGCCCAGCAUCUUGUGUUUGCAAACUGCAUCCCCCUGGUCCUGAAGUUCUUCAAUCAGAAUAUCAUGUCCUACAUCACAGCUAAGAACAGUAUUUCCGUGCUGGAUUUCCCUCACUGUGUGGUUCACGAGCUCCCUGAACUAACCGCUGAAAGCCUGGAAGCCGGAGACACCAACCAGUUCUGCUGGAGGAACCUCUUCUCCUGUAUCAACCUGCUGAGGAUCCUAAACAAACUCACCAAGUGGAAACACUCCAGAACCAUGAUGCUGGUGGUGUUCAAGUCGGCUCCCAUCCUGAAGAGGGCGCUCAAGGUGAAGCAGGCCAUGAUGCAGCUGUAUGUGCUGAAGCUGCUGAAGGUGCAGACCAAGUACCUGGGCCGGCAGUGGAGGAAGAGCAACAUGAAGACCAUGUCCGCCAUCUACCAGAAAGUGCGCCACCGCCUCAACGACGACUGGGCCUAUGGGAAUGAUCUGGACGCGCGGCCCUGGGAUUUCCAAGCGGAGGAGUGCGCGCUGAGAGCCAACAUCGAGCGCUUCAACAGCCGUCGCUAUGACCAGACGCAGAGCAACCCCGACUUCCUGCCGGUCGACAACUGCCUGCAGAGCGUGCUGGGACAGCGCGUCGAGCUGCCGGAGGACUUCCAGAUGAACUACGACCUCUGGCUGGAGCGAGAGGUCUUCUCCAAACCCAUUUCCUGGGAGGAGCUCCUGCAGUGACCCCCCCCCCCCCGCCGCCCCGAUCACGCUGCUGCUCAACAAACACUAAGGCAGGGGGGGCUUCAUGGAGUUUUUGUUUCAACCCGGUCCUAAUAAAUGUACGUUGUGUGUGCGCUAGUAGUUACUGAAACCAUACGACUGCCAGCUAUAUCUUAAGAGUUCAGGGACUGGGACCCGUAGUAUUGAAUAGGAUCCGGCUCGUGGACACUGAAUCUGUGUGGGGGUGGAAACAAGACUCCCAUUGCAUAGCGGUCUAAUCCAUUCCUGGUUUUACUAUGAGUUUAAUAAUUAGACACACCUGAGCUUGUUUCUAUACACUGGGGCUAAUCAAGCUUAUAUUGAAUCCUGGAAGGGGUGAAACUGCUAUGCAAUAGGAGUCUUAUUUCCAUGUUUCCAUCGCUGGUGUGCAUCUUUUGUGGCUUGUGAUGUGUGUGUCUUGGGAACGGUUUGAAUGUUUAGGUUUGGGUUGAAAUGAAAAACUGGAUUGGGAGUAGGUAGGACCUCAAACACUCUUGAGAGAAUAUUCACCUCUUUCUGAAUCAACUGGCAGACCAGUCAAAGCACUGAUAUGGAAGAGGAGGUGUCUUCAAUAUACAAGUGCUGUUCAGACAGGGAAACGCCUCCAGUGUGAAUCGAUCACAAUCUACUAUCUCUUACCCAAAGUGCAAACACAUAAUGGACACUGCUUGCUGUGCUGUUUACAGUGAGUAUUUUUGAAGCGUGCAUCUUUGUAUAGUCUCUGUAUCUGUAUACUUCUUAAAACAAACACCUGGCUUUGCAUAUGCGUUUGUUUGCACACCCUUAUUGAAAGAACCAGGCAUGGGAAUAAGACUCCUAUUGCACAGCAGUUUCACCCAGUUCCAGGUUUUAAUUCCAGCUUGAUUCAGCACAGUGUGCAGGUAAGACGCUGGGCUGGAAACCAGUUUACUUCCAGCACAGAGCAGUCUCUUACACUCGCGUUUCAAAAGCUUUCUGAAUGCAUUUAAAAAAUAAAUAAACUUUGAAAGGUAUAUUUUUGAACUCCGAACCCAAUAAAAUCCUGAUUUCUUUAUUUCUUCAUUUAUUAUUUUAGAAAGCUGAGGUUUGAGUCGCCAGUAAUAACACUGUAAUUCACGUUAGUAAAACUGUUAAAUAAUGGCCGAUAAUUCCUAAUGCAUUCCGACUGAAUAACACCUGAAUGUCUUCUGCAUCUCCUCUGAGUUCUGAGGUCAUUCAUUUUGAAUUCAGCCCUGUUAAUUCAUGUGGAUUUAAUUACCUGUGUUCAUGUGUAAGGCGAUGCAUUCGUGCAUGAAAUAACACUUCACAAUCCCCUGAUGGGAGCAUGAAUGCCUUCUGUAUGUGAUCAGCAUCGUUUAUUACAAAGGAACAUGAAGAGAGUUAACGGGUCUGAAUUGAAAAUGAAUGACCUCAGAACUCCGAGGAAGUGCGUAAGAUAUUCAGGUGUUAAUCCUGUGGGAUGCAGACCGGGGAUUCGUUAUGUCUUUAUUUGUGUGUUUUGAACAGCAUUUCGGUUUUGUAUUUUUUUUUUUUUUUUUAAUGAUGAUAUCUUGGGGACCAGCUGAUCGAACUUCUCACUAACAGAACUGUGUUGUAAUAAAGUUCGGACCGUAUUUGUUCUCUGAUGGUGGACCAGAGAGUAACGCGAAACUGUUUUAAGACGUGUAUCAUAGCUUUGUCGUUCCUUUGUUAAUCUUUCUACAGACUCUAUUGAAAUAAACGUUUCUCUUAAUUUAA